AUGACAAUCACCGAUAACUCGAAUACAACUCGUAAUGUGGAUACGACUUUAACAUACAGUAAAGCUUUACCAUCCACCAGUGCAUCUGAACAUUGGUUUAUCAGUAUCAAUGAAUCAAGUGAUGGAAAACGUGAACAAAAUUUUAUAACUGAAGAUGUUGAAACUACCAUACACGAUAUACGGGGACAUGAAUCAAACACACAUAUUGAUAUUACUGGUUUUCAGGCACUUACUUCACCAAGUACAGUCGAUGCUGAUCUUAUUCUUAAUGGAACAGAGGAACAAGUAAAAGAAGUAUAUUAUGGUGAAGUUGAACAAUUACUUAAACGUGCAACAGGAGCCAAUCAUGUUGUUUUCUUUGACCAUACUAUACGCAAGACGAGACCAGGUAUUGUAAGUGAUACUCCAUCAACUCGUCAACCUGUAUUACGCGUUCAUGUUGAUCAAACACCUAUUAGUGCUCAUAAACGAGUACAACGACAUGCAUCAAAUAUUCCAUGGAAACGUUUUCAAAUAAUUAAUGUAUGGCGACCAUUGGGAAAUCCUGUAUAUGAUUAUCCACUUGCUGUGGCUGAUUUUCGAAGCGUUGAUGUACUCAAGGAUCUUAUUCCAACAACACUUGUUUAUCCACCUCCAACGCCGAAUGGAGAAACUUAUUCUAUUAUUCACAGCCCACAACUUAAAUGGCAUUACUGGUCUAAGAUGACACCAGAUGAAGUACUACUCUUGAAAUGCUAUGAUAGUGCUAGUCGAAUACUUUCAACCAUCAAAGAGAGUGCAGCUGAAGUUGACGAGGCUUUAUUAGUUGAUGUUGCUGGUUUAACACCCCAUACAGCCUUCUACGAUGCUCAAGGUGCAAAAGAAGGACCAACAAGACAAUCAAUUGAAGCAAUUGCAUGGGCACGAAGUUCACAUCGUGUUAACAGUGAUCAAUCAUCAAGUGAUAUUUUAUUUGUACAAACAAAAAAUAAUAAUGGAUUAUCAGAUGUAACAAGUCUUUCAGGAAAUUGUUUUAAAAAUCGUUCUCGUCUUUCAGCAUUUAAUUUUAUUGGAAAAGAUAAACCACCAUUUGCUCAUUCACCUAGUAGUCCUGUGCAUCCCGAUUAUAAUGGUGUUAUGCCUAAUGUACCAAAUGAUCUUCGUUCACAAAUGCAUCAAAGAAAUGGUCUUUCUCAAUUACUUGUUCGACCAAAAUCUUCACCAUUUGCAGGUCAUUCGGGUUGUAAACAAGAUUUAAUUAGUAUGAAUUUUUUAAGAAAUCAACAAACACAAGAACAAAAACAAACAAGUGUUAAAACAUAA